CACAUGGUUGACCCUUAUUUCAUACUUAUCUAUUGUUGACAUUUCACAAAUAUAUGUUUUAGUGAAAAGUUUCUACAAGUGAUUUAACCAUAUAAUACAAAUAUAUUUAUAUAUUUAUAAUUAAAAUGGGUGUUCCGAAAUUUUUUAGAUAUAUUAGUGAAAGAUAUCCGUGUCUAAGUGAGGUUGUGAAAGAGUACCAGCUGCCGGAAUUUGAUAAUUUAUACCUGGAUAUGAAUGGAAUUAUACAUACUUGCUCACAUCCAGACGAUGGAGACCCACAUUUUCGUAUUACGGAAGAAAAAAUAUUCAGAGAUAUUUUUCACUAUAUUGAAGUACUCUUUCGAAUGAUAAAGCCACAGAAAUUAUUCUUUAUGGCAGUUGACGGAGUAGCUCCCAGGGCAAAGAUGAAUCAGCAACGUGGUCGUAGAUUUAGGACAGCAAAAGAGGCAUUAGAAUUGGAGCAGAAAGCUUUAGCAAAAGGAGAGAAACUUCCGACACAAGCCAGAUUUGAUUCAAACUGUAUAACACCAGGAACUGAAUUUAUGGUCAAGUUGCAAGAACAAUUAAAAUAUUUCAUUGUUACUAAGAUUUCUACAGAUCCAUUGUGGCAAAAGUGUAAAAUUGUUUUAUCUGGACAUGAGACUCCAGGUGAAGGAGAACAUAAAAUUAUGGACUAUAUCAGGUAUAUGAGAUCUCAACCAGGUUAUGAUCCAAAUACUAGACAUUGCCUGUAUGGUUUAGAUGCUGAUCUUAUAAUGCUAGGUUUAUGCACCCAUGAACCACAUUUCUCAUUACUUCGAGAGGAGGUAAAAUUUGGUAAAAAAUCUACAAGGCGGAAAAAUAUACCUGAACAGAUGACAUUUUUUUUACUUCACUUAUCCCUCAUGAGGGAAUAUUUAGAAUUAGAAUUUUUACCAUUACAAAAAGAUUUACCAUUCCCAUAUGAUUUGGAACGGAUCAUAGAUGAUUGGGUUUUAAUGGGAUUUUUAGUGGGUAAUGAUUUUAUUCCUAACUUGCCAAAUAUGCAUAUAGCAAAUGGAGCUUUACCUGUUUUGUACAAGGCUUACAUGAAGGCGCUUCCAAAAUUAGGGGGAUAUAUCAAUGAAAGUGGCACUUUAAAUUUGGAACGAUUUGAAGAAUUUAUGAAAGAACUUGCUGAAAUUGAUAUCGAAAAUUUUUCUGACCAGUAUGCUGAUCUGAAAUGGUUUGAGGCAAAAACUGGUAGAGAUUUUAAUGGCAAGGAAAAGAAUGAAAAAGUUUUGAUACCAUUUGAAUUAGAAGAUAAACCAGAAAUAAACAAUGUCGAAGAAAAAUCAAAUAAUGUAGAAAAGAAAUCAGAAAAUGACAUUGAAAUAAAGAAUGAAUCUAUUGAAAAAGAUAAAAAUGUUACUGGUAACGGUGAAAUUGCACUAGGCAAUAAUGCUAGUUCUGAAAAUGGUGUUGUAGAAAAUUGGGAAGACCGAUUGGAUGAAUCAGAUACGUCGGACUCUGAUAAUGAUCUUUUCUUAGCUGAAUUCAAACAACACAAGACUGAUUAUUACAUGAAUAAGUUAGAAUAUGAACAAGUAACUCAAGAAGUAUUAAAAGCCCAAGCUGAAGGUUAUGUUAGAGCCAUUCAGUGGAAUUUACAUUACUAUUAUAAUGGAGUUUGUUCAUGGUCCUGGUAUUAUCCUCAUCACUAUGCUCCAUAUGUUUCUGACAUUCAGGGUUUUAAGGAUUUGAAGUUGAAAUUUGAUCUGGGAAAACCUUUUAAACCUUUUGAACAACUCUUGGCGGUUCUUCCAUCGGCCAGUAAAAAUCUUCUUCCAGAAGCUUAUCAGGACCUGAUGACCAAAGAAGAUUCUCCAUUAAAAAAGUACUAUCCUGAAAAUUUUCAGACAGAUUUGAACGGGAAAAGACAAGAAUGGGAAGCGGUUGUUCUUAUACCAUUUAUUGAUGAGAAAAUAUUACUAGAAGGAAUGGAACAGUGUAAUGAAAGACUAAGUCCGGAUGAAAAACAACGUAAUAGUCAUGGUCCCAUGUUAAUUUACGAAUAUUCCGUUGAUGAUACCGGUAGAUAUGAAGCACCUGAUUAUUUCCCUGCCUUAGCAGUAUCACAUGCUAAAUGUACCAAGGUACCGAUAGAAAAUAUCCGAGUUCCGAUGGAUAAAUUAAUCAAAGGGUCAUACCCGGGUGUGAAAAUGGAUGUAUUUUAUCCUGGUUUUCCAACUAUGAAACACUUGGAGUAUACUGCAGUUUUAGGCAAGGCAAAGGUAAAGGUAUUUGAACAAGCAAGUAGAAAUGAAAACAUGAUUGUAAGUAUUGUUCCAAAAAAAGAUGUGCCUGCAAUUGAUGUUUUGGCCAAGAAAAUGCUGGGUAGUGUUGUAUAUGUUAGUUGGCCUCAUCUUGUGGAAGCUCUGGUUGUAUCCAUUUCCAAUGAAGAAUACCGUUACAUUGCUGCAAGCGAAAAAGGUCAAUACAACGUUGAAGAAAAUAAAGGUAAUUCUUUAACCGUUUGGAGAUCUCAAGUCAGAGGGAUAACUCAAUAUUACAUGAGCCGUUUGGGAAUAAAUGUAGGUGAAACACAAGUUUUGGUUCAUGUGAGGGUAAUGAUUGGUCGAAAAUAUGCCUUCACCCCACAGGGUCGUGUUAAUUUGGAAAAACAGUGGGCAGUAAUCGAAAGCGCGUACCCUUUACAAGCAGUGGUCCAAAACAUAGCUGUAUACGAAAAGAAAUAUGAAAUGUACAAAAGUAUUGGAAACAUUUUUUCUGUAGGAACAAAGUGUUUCAUGCUAGGACAACCUUAUUAUGGAGCUGUUGGUGAAGUACUUGAAAGUAAAGAAUCUUUGAAAAAUGUUCGAAUAAAAGUAGAUAUGAAAAAGACUGAUGAACCAGAUUUCACCGAAGCAAAAGAUUUGGCUCAUGAAAUCGCAACCCGAUAUAUACCUUUACAGGUUGCUGCUGCAAAAUUAUCAAUUUCAAAGAGUCUGUUUUCGCGAAUAACUGGAUGUAUCUUCGUCAUUCCCACUGGCUACCGAAAUAUCCCUAUGGAGUCUAAUGAAUUGCCAAAAAUAAAUAUUGGACUAAAUCUAAAACUGACUAAGAAAAAUGAAGAGAUACCUGGAUAUACCAGAAAAGAUGCCAACACGUGGAUGUACUCGGAAAAAGCAGUCGCCCUGGUUGAAAAUUAUUUGCAACGUUUCCCUACUUUGGUUCAAUAUUUAAAUCAAAACCAAGGAAAUGACGUAUAUUUUGAAGAAGAUAUCUAUCCUGAUGGUGAUGGAAAGGAGCAAAUAAAAGAGAUAACGGCAUGGAUUAAAAAACAACCGUUCUAUUCGGUCGAGAGGCAAGUCUGUGGUAGUAUAGGACUUUAUCCGGACGUGAUUAAGAAAAUCGAGGAAAUAAUCGACAAAUUUAAGAAAAGAUCUAAGAUUAGGAAGGUUGUCAUGGAAGUGAAACCACACCUUCUUUAUGUGGUUGGUCUUCAAAUUGGAAAUCUAAUGCCUGACCCAACUACCACGUUUUUAUUAUACGACAGGGUGGUAAACAUUCGGGAAAGUUAUACCGUUCCCGUUGGAUUGAAAGGAACGAUUAUUGCCGUCCGAAAACCACAAGAUGCAAGUGAUGAAGACACGAUGUACGACGUUUUGUUCGAUGAAGAAUUUUCUGGGGGUUUGGAGCUUAAUUGUUUGACUCCCAGGGCAUACAGGUUACCUAGGUCUGCAAUGAUUAAUAUAUCACAUGGUGAAAGGAUGUUGAAUCAGAAAACGGGAGUAGUCCCAGGUCAGUUACUGCAAAAUUUAAACACUGAUCCACAAUAUCAUAAAAAUUAUUACAUGCAAAAUGGAGCCAUAUCUCGCCCCAGUGGCCAUUUUCGACCUUCUAGUGCAAGCCCAUAUCAACAAUGGGGCUUCCCAAACUCUCCCGUAUCCAAUUAUGGUAAUUUUCGGCCUCCACUUUUGUACAACAAUAACGGUCCUUCGCUUAUUCCUCCUCAACAAUGUGGCCAUCCUCGUUUCCAUAUUGUCCCUUACGAUGUAAGAAAUAAUGGAGGGCCGUAUCCUCCAAAGCCAUCUUUUGUUCCUUCUACUCAGCAACAAUCUAGCGUUGACCAUCCUCCUUCCAAAAGUGGACCAUCUUUUGGUUCAUCCAUAUCCAUGCAAAACUGUCACAACUUUAUGCCGGGAUUCGCUAAAGGAUCGUCGCCAGGGAAACAUUUUUAUGAGCAGAAACGGGUGAAAGGGGCUCCCUUAUCUUAUAACACUCAAAAUAAUAUAACAUCAACUCCCAGUGGAUCAAGUACAGCAAUGCGAGAACCUAUGCAAGUGACUAAAGAGGAACAUCCUAGGCCCUCGACCAAGGUGGAUACAGAACUUUUAAAAAAAAUGCUUCGAAUAAACGAAGGAGCAAACCAGCGUAUUCCUGUAACUGCAUUUAAACAAACUCCUGUCAAAGAAAUAGAAAAACCUUCAAAAUUAGAGCAGUCAACUCCUUUAAAUGUUCAGGAUAUAUUUGCUCAUGCCAGAAAUAAAGCUCAAACCUUAUCUGACAACGCCUUUUCCACAGCUAAACUUUUAAAUUAUUAUAAAUCUUUGGACCUGGGUUGUCCCAGAUAUCAGUUCUUUGAACUGCCCAAGAAAAUGUUCCAGGCACAGAUUACUCUUCCUGAUGGGAGCGUUGUCUCUGGAAAUGCCUGCCAAUCUAAAGAAAACGCUUGCGAUAGUGCUGCUGCGGAAGCGUUAAAAAUUUUAACAAGGGACAAUAAAGUAGAGGAAUCGCACACUUUACGCAUACAAAAGCAGACAGAAGUAUUACAAAGAAAAGCGGAAAAUGAUAAAACAGUCAGGGAAAAGGUACAUAAGGAGAAAAAAAUAGAAAGAAGUGGUAAUGUGGAAUUUAACAAAAAAAAAGAUAGCACCAAUUUAGAGACAAGUAACAACACCGUGAACAACAGCGGUAGUAAAGGCCAGAGGCAAGUACUAUCUGUCAACAGUUUCGUGCCACUUCAAGCAAUUAGAAAUAGAACAAAGAGUGGAAGUAAUAGAAGUGUUGAAAGUAAUACAACUGCCAAUUUAACGGUGACAGAGAACAAAAAUAAACUAAAAGAAGACGACCAAGAAACUGAAAAAUGUGUUACAAGUCAGAGCUCAAAGGGAGCACCAAUGCGACGUAGAGGAGAAAGAAAAAUGAGAAUAGCCGCCAAUUUUCAGGCGACUGGUAAACGAUAAUUUUAAUUUUUGAUUGAAAUUAUGGAAAUAUUAAGUGAAACUGUGAUAGGUUAGCUUAGGUCUACAAAUUACUUAAACUACCUACUGCAGAAUAACGUAUGUUUUUAUAAACUGAUCGAAUUUUUUUUUCAUAUAUUUAGAAUAUUGGUUUAACUGCAGGAAAACACUCCUGAAUUAAGAUUUUUUUCAAUUUACGCGUAGCUAUAAUUUUAUUAGUUUAUUGUUUUGAUACUACAUUUCGUAGGUAAUAGGACGCAAAUAAACUCUAAAUUUUGUCUUCUGACCCUUUAUUACUUCUAGACAAAUAUUUGCUGGAGUUUUAUUUUUGUGUUUAAAUAAAAAUAAAUAAAUGAUUAUUUAAAAUUGGUAAUAAUUUCUAAGUUCGUAUU